UAUCCAUUGGGCGCUAGGCGGGUGUUUUAUUGACAGAACAGCAAUUAGAAACAACACCAGUCCUAAGGAUCAAGAUGAGAACACCACCCCCUGUGUUUAGAGUAGCACGUCAUCCACCCUUAAAUGAAGACGAAGACAUCACUAUCCUGUUUGAAGGCAAUAAGGUCGUGAGUAUUGAUGGACAGAGUCUUUGGAUGGUAUUAAGAGUAUGCGAUGGACAACGAGAAAGUGGGAUUGAUGCUUCUCGAAUGCAUACUGCUUUCACCUACAAGAAAUGGGAUUUGCAGCACCAAGAUCAAGUCAAGGAUAUUGUCAGUUUAGGUCCCUCUCCUACCUAUUCACAGACACCUUACCUGGAUCCAUCCACCACUAUAUCCACCUCAAAUAAUUUUCCUCCAAAAGCAGCCACGUCAAGAUACAUUGGCGUAGGUGCACAUCCCAUGCUGACGUUUUAUGCCACAUCCGAAUCCACACGACCUUUCAUGUCGGCUGCUUCUAUGGCCAGUUAUGUUGUAUCCCGUGUUACUUUACCUGUCUUUUCGUUUGCCAAAUCAUGGUGGGGCGGUCAACAAGAACAAGAGUCACAAAAAGCACCUACACCCUAUGUACCUGAGAUGCGUAGACCCCCAAGUCAUAUUGAACCUGCUACACCCAUUCCAGUCCUGUUAUCAGUCGAUGAUGCCUAUCGAAAAAUCAACCACAUUUCUAUUUCCCCGCCUUCCACUAGCUCACAACACCAGACACUCGCGGCUACCUCAGAUGCGCUUGGCCGAGUCAUCCUCUGGGAUGUUGUGGAAGGUGAAAUGAUUCGUAUGUGGAAAGGUGUGCGCGACGCUGUGUGUGGAUGGGUAGAAGUGUUUGAGCAUCAGUUGUAUGGAUUAGAACCAGCGCGUGUGCCAAAAGUCUUGUUGUUUUUGGUGAUCUAUACGCCCAAACGGGGUAUUGUCAAAGUCUUUCAGAUGCGACAUGGGAAACAAAUAGGCGCCUAUCAUGUUGGAUCGGAGUGGCAUCUUGUGCCUUGUGGUAGAGAACCUUUAGGCAGCAGCAUGGUCAGUGCAGACAGAAGAAAAAGAAAAAAUGAUCCUCAUCAGCAUGAUGGACUGUCGAGCUGUUUAUUAGUAGGACCGGAUGGAGAAGUACGUAGGAUAAAGAUUGUCUUGAAAGAAUCAAGACCUACGAUUGCUGUGGAUCAAUAAACGCAUUUUGAAAUAUAUAUACGGAAGAUCUUUUGCCGAUAUACAAAAUCAGUCGGAGAUCACACGUCAAAAUUUUAUAACAGAGAAAGUAUCCC